UCGUUCGCCUAGAGGUACCAAUAUGGCGGAGGUAAGGAGGAAAACCGGGCCGGAGCGGGGGGAGGGAGGCUUUACACGGGAAUCCCCGGUCUCACAGCCCCGGCUCGCGGCCGUUUCCCACCGGAGACUCACCCUUUUCGCCUCUACUAGCGAUACUGGGAGACUGGGCUCCGGAGGGCGGCUGGGGGCCGAGAAAACAGCCCGCAGGCCGCCGGUGGUAGCGGAGAGUCCGAGGCGGGGGUGGGACUGGGACCUUAAAGGCGGCGGCCGCCCAGCCCGGGGCUUCCGGUCCUGGGGUCCGAUGGUUGGGCUGGGUAUAGCCGGGUAUAGCUGGCUCUCACCUGGGGGGGGAGUGUCACACUUUAUGGAGUGCGCAGGGGGGGAGAGAGCUGGGGGUCACCGGGGAAAGUGGUACACACCGCACUUGGCGCACUUUAUAUCCCGGUCUAACAGCGCGGCCGCGGGUGCUAUGAGAGCGGCAGAGCGACCUACUGUGUAAUAGCGAGAGGAGCUAAGGCUGGCUGAGCGUAGUGAGACACCUGGUGAACCUUACCCGCCGGAGUGAUGAAGUUUUACAAAGAUAGGGUUAUGUACUAAAUAACAUUUUAUAAAAAUAAAAAAUAAAAAGUUUAACAAGGAAUGGGUCAAAAUGGAUGGAUUAGAUAAUUUAUGGAAAAUCACUUUUGGGGUUGAAGUAUAAACUGCCUUGAAAAGGAGAAAUAGCGGUGGUAUAUUUAGGAAAAAGCUGCAACCAUUUUUUAUUUCAACCGUUACCUUUUUUACAUUUUUUAAGAAUUUGGGGCACUGGUUGCAAUCAAUGUGCAAUCAGAUGGGGUUUUUGUUGUUUUUUUAAUCUUAUCAUUUAAUCCCAUUGGUCCCCUUCCGUUGAUUGGACAAGAAAUGCAAAAAGAAGGGGAGACUAGGAGGUAUAUAAAGGAUGGGUGUUGGAGUAGAGGAGGUGGCAGCGUUUUUAGAGUACACGCUUAGGCUGACACACCUGCCUAAGAUGACUAACUGCUGGAAAUCCUAUCUCUCAAAAAAAAAUUUUGUUUAAAUCAAGCUAUUGAUCAGGUGAUCCAUGGUAGACUUUUCUGUACUACUGUCAUCAGUUAACAGUAUUCGCCCUCCCCUGAUGAUGAGCAAAAUACUGGCAAGGAAGGGAGCAGCCGAGGAUAUAUAUAGAGAGGAGUAGGAGGUGGCAGCUGGACACAAGCAGGGUCGUGGCCUGUCACCAAUCCUUGAAAGAGCCAUGCAUUGAUGACAGGCCUUUUCAGCAGGUUUUUAAAGCGAGUGUAAUGAUAUACUGCCCUGACAGCUUCAGAUAUAUACAGUAGUCAAAUGGACCCUUCCCCAACACUUCUGCCAGAGAUCUCAUCAUUCCUUUUGGGGCCUGAUACAGGUUAGGGAUGCCUUUUGCGAAAUAAUUUCGGCCGGGUACCAAUACUUAAACUCCCAAAGCUCAAAUACUUGAAGACAGCACCUGUGCAUAUAAUACACACACAAAUGUCUUGUAUUUGGGGAUAUUUUGUUUUUUUGUUUUACACAUGUUCAGCUAGCGCCCUAUUGUAAAGGGAUUGUUCACUAAAUAGUAAAUUUUAAACAAAAUUGCUAAAAUACAAAAUGUUGCAGAAUUUGAUCUGUUUAAUGACAAUAAAUCCAUAUAGUAACUACAUUACUUGUUAAGGGAUAAAAUUUUUCAAAAAGAAAUGUCAUAUUUUAUAACUCAGUAAUGCAGAUGACUUUUGUUUGAUACAACUAAGAAUUUUUUUAUUGUGUGUGUGUGUAUAUAUUGUAGUUUGUCCCCUUAAAUAGGCGAUUUAACGUAGUAGUCUGUGAAUCAUGCAUCAAUAUGUUGUAUUUUAUUUUUAAAUGAAAAGUGCAUCAUUUAGGGGCAUGUACACUUGUUCUGAUACCUAUAGGAAUGAAAGGUAUACAAAUUAUAAGUCAAGUUUAUUUAUUCGUUUGUCUUAUUUUUUUUUUUCUUCCUAUCCACACAGGCUUCAUUUGACAGUUCGAGCCCAGGUUUGUAUUUUUACAUAUUGCUCUCUCAUUAUCUUAUGUCUUUGUAAAUUUGGACUUAGCAAAUGUGGAUCACUGUCUAUUCUCUCUCUCCCCCCCCUCCCCCCCACCACACUUUAUUUAUGAGAGAAGAUUUAACUUUGACAAUGCAUCACUCCUUAGACAUUUGAGCUACAAUUUUUGUUGUGCUGUAAAUUCCAUGAGCAUAAUUCAGAGACAUUGUAAACAAGUUGAAAUGAAGUGCCUUGCGUCUGGAGUGUUCCUUUUUGAUGUCCACUAAGAAAAGGAAUGGGCUAUAGUAAGAAGUUGUAGACUGUAGAGAUACUUUCCUACCUUACAUAUUGAUGUAACAUAGUGGAGGUGCUGUUUUCAAGGUUUGGGGGUUGUUGCGUGUUUUAGAUAUUGGUGUGCAUUGGGACUCUUGAUAAUGGAUUUAACAUAUCUAGACUUUGUUGCUGAUCAUCUUUUUUUUUUUUUUGUUUUGUUUUUUUUUUUUUACCAUCUGUGUUCACCUUUUCAAAUAGGUUUGUUAGGCAGGACAUUCUAUUAUGUUGAAGUUCCACAAAUUAGGCAUUUGCCCUGCAUAGUCUCUAGAUCUGAAUCCAAAAUAAACAACUUUGGCGCAAGAUGGAAAAUAAGGUUUGCUUUGGUGCUGUCCAUGUAAUGUACAGCAAAUCUGCCUUGUGUAAUUUUUCCAGUACUUUGGUCAAUCCAUGCUGUGUUGCAUGCAGGCUGUUCUGUUGAUCUGAGGGAUUCCUAGUCGAUAAAAAUGUAAUUUAAUUGUCAUUGGUUUAUUAUGGAAUUGACCCUUUUAAUGCAAUAACAAUCUUCACUCUACUUUCUACUUCCUGUUGGGGCAUCUACAAAGAUGCUUGGUACAGUUGAGGGGACAAGGUGUUCUUGAUUAAAAACAAGAAACCCUUCAAUGGAAAUAAAAGAACUAAUUAGAAUCCUGUUCAAGCAUCAUUAAUACAUUAUUCUUCUAUUUUCAUUGUAUCCUGAAAUAGGAUGCACCUUUCGUGGCCACUGGAGAUGUUACUAGUCAGCCAUGUAAACGCUGCUUUUUCCCUGUAAAAAAAAAAAAAAGCCUGCUAGGACAGGCUAGACACACCAGAAUCACUACAUGAAGUUAUAGUAGUUCUGGUGAGCAUAGUGUCUCUUUAAAAAUAAAGAAAAGUAUUAAAAAUAAGGUAAAUAUUUUAAUUUUUCAUAUUUACCUGCUCCACACCCAAUCAGUGUCCUAUCCCUCUGAAUGCAGGAAAAGUGCAUUGGGCGUGCUUGAGAAAUAUAAACAUGUGCCGUUAGAAGAUGUCUUCAGCUUGUAACAUCCUGACAGUGGGUGUAGUGGAAGCUUUAUCCAUAUGAGCAUGCUCCAGUGAUGGCUAUCUCUACUGCUGCACAAUGCUUCCCUAUUUGUCGUUAUUGGGCUAGUCUGAAACGGAGUAGGGUGGGUAAGGGGAGUGGCUGAAGAAAUUUCUCGGAGAGGUAUGCCCAACAACCAAUCUGGCCAAGUUUAUAAAUGUUUAUUACAUGCUUUUCUUGCUUUAUUUUUCGUUUGUUUGUUUAAAAGUGUUUUUCUUACUGGUUUAUUCAAGAGAUGCAUGAACUACUCUGUACCAACUAAGUGCCCAAGCAGUCUGUGAUAGUAGAUACAAAUUAUCCAUGCACACCUGAUGGUUUCUUUUUUAAAAGGCUGUCUUUAUUUGAAACACAAAAAUAGAGACCACGUUUUGGUUCAUGUAGUAUCUGAAAAGUUUGUCUCCAUUUCUGUAUUCAAAAUGACUGUGUUUCUUUAAAAAAAUAAAAAAUAAAUAAAUCAUCUGUACCUGGAUAAAUUAUAUCUUCUACCAGUGGAUUUUUGUGGGAACCUGGCUCCCCCUGUCUGGAGCACCCUGGUGGAAGUACCCCCAAUUAUUUGGUAUUUGUGUAUCAUCCCCUUUUUUUUGUUUUUUUGUUUUUGUUUUUUGGUAAGCAGUCUGCUUACAGACUGAUUAAUAAAGCCUAUUGCUCAAACAUGAGUAUGGACUCUUUUCUGUGCCUGAGAGACCCUGUAUAUCUGAAGGACAGGCUAGAGUUUUUGUUUUUAUUUCCCUUGAAUAAAACUUUGUCACUUCAUGGUUUAUGGAAUAUGCACUGUGUUUCCUCUGAAAAGAAUGGAUGGGGGACCAAGAUUGCAUGGUGGCUCAUCCAUUUCCUGGUCCCCAAAUCUUCAUCAGGUUUGAAACAAAUAUAGGAGUGGUGUGCUAGUUGGUUUUUAACACAUACAUCCAUUAAAGUGUCACUCCAGACCCCUAAACAACAACAGCUUGAUGAAGUGCUUAAAGAAUUAACAGAAGGUGCCACUUCAUAAAGUGUAUAUUUUGAAUGAAUGCCGACGUUGGCGCCGAAUGCGCGUCAAGAGCCGCGCGUGCAUUCAAACCACCCAUAGAAAAGCAUUACUCAGUGCUUUCCUAUGGACGUCAGCGUCUUCUCACUGUGAUUUUCACAGUGAAAAUCUCGGAAGCUGUCUCUAGUUUCUGUCAGUGAGACAGCCACUAGAAGCUGGAUUAACUCUCAGUGAAACAUAGCCGUUUCUCUGAAACGGCUAUGUUUUCAGCUGCAGGGUUAAAACUAGAGGGACCUGGCACCCAAACCACUUCCUUGAGCUUAAGUGGUCUGGGUUCCUAUAGUGGUCCUUUUAAACAAUCAUAGUCUAGAGCUUCGAUGGGGAUACAUUAGUCUAAUGUUGGGAAGGGGCACCUGGCAUCUAAAGGGGUAAAAUAACUACCCAAAAGUUAAAACAAAGUAUCCAUUUUUAAGUGUGUGUGUGUGUUUUAGUUUUGAGUAUACUCCUCUACAGUAAAUGUGUACUGAGUUGCAAAGAGUAGCACUUUGUUUCUGAGCACACGUCUUACUGCUUUUAUUGAUACUAAUUUUGUAUUUAAAGGUACACUCCAGACCCCCAAAGCACCCUUUUUUUUAUUUUAUUUUUUUUUUUCUCAUCCAAAAAGUGCACUUUUAUAAAUUAAAAUAACUGUAUACCCUGGCUGUCCGACACUCAGUUCUCGUAUAUCCUGGUUGGUUAGCUCAAGUGAGCUAACCUCAAGAGGCCCAAUUGCCCAGAGCACCUGCCUUACAAAGACUUCUCGUUGAGCUGCAUUAUGAAGUCUGUGAUUGGAUUGAAUGUAAGCUGGAGAAGGGCACAGCUUGCAAAGACUACAGACAGGUGAUCUCUAGUGUUCUAGAGUACGUAACUGUGAAUUCCAAAACCUCAAUCAGAAUAUGUCUGAAUUUUUUUUUUUUUUUUUUCAGUUCAUGUAUAUAAACUUGGCUAGUUUGGGUUUUGUUUUUUUGUUCUUUCUGGAUUUUCAACUUGCUUUUUAGUGAAUUGUAAAAUAGUACAUUUAAUAUGUUAUUGUUUUAGAUUUUAUAUUCUUCAUGGUUUGAGUUGCAUUUAGUGUAUUGUGGUGUGGUUUAUAUCUCUAAGCUUUUGUCCAUUCUCAGAGUUUUCAUAUUUGGUUUUGUUACAUUCUAAUAUGUAUUAUGAUUGGCCCAUUCGUGUUCAAGAAUGCAGCUAUGGUUUCAAAUUGGGAAGAAAAAAACUAAUGGCAAACAAUUCCCCUUGUUUAGUGCAAUGUUUGUGGCGUAAUGGAGAAAUAUGUAAAGGAGUUUAAGCAUGCGUGGGAUAGGUAUAAGGCUAUCCUAACUAUAAGAUAAGACUAAUGAAAGUAUUUAGAAAAUUGGGCAGACUAGAUGGGCCGAAUGGUUCUUAUCUGCCGUCACAUUCUAUGUUUCUAUGCCUUAGGAGUUAAUGAAGGCUUUGUUUAAAAAUAAAUAAAUACUCCCACCCCUAUAUCAACUUAAGCUUAUUAAUGUUAUGGGCCAGUGUGUCCACGUGCCUUCUUACCUUCAUUUGUUAAACCAUUUUUUAAUUACCUUGAAGUUGGUGCUCUGGCUUCUGCCUUCUGGUUUCCAUUCUCCUUUGCACUGCAGUAUGAGAAAUUGCUAACUACGGUUAGUGAUAAGCUGAGAGAGUUGGCUAAUUGUCUCAGCCUAUCAAUUUGCACACAUGGCGAGAACUAGUACAUUGCUAAAUGGUUUGACCAUUACGACCGCGCUCGGAUACAUCUGCUCUUUAACAACUUUAAAAGGACACUAUAGUCACCAAAACAACUGAAGGUGUGGCUAUAGGGCUGCAUAAACAGAACCAAAAGUGAUUUUAACUCCUAAAUGGCAGUGAAACGUAAGGGGAAUGAUACACAAAACUGCUUCAUUAAGCUAAAGUUCUUUUGGUGACUUAAUUGUCAUUUUAAAAGCUGUCUCCAGACAACAUAACCUCUUCAUUGCGGUGAACUUGUUACGAUCCAAGGGAAUUCCAGGUGCUGUCUUAACUUAAAGGGAUCCUAUAGUGUCAGGAAAACCAAGGAGUUUUCCUCCCCCCUCCUCCCGUGGGGCUGAAGCGGUAAAAGCCCUUCAGCCACUUGCCUGAAUCCAGUGCCGAUGUUUGACUGGGGGCUUUUGCACCUCUGAUAAAUGCAUUAAUUUUGUAGUGCGUAAAAUACCAGCUUUAAAACUGCUGUAACAUUAUUGAUCCCUUGGUACUUGGAGGAUUUUUUUUUUUUGUAUUAUAAUUUUUUUUUCCAGAUUUGGACUACUUAUUAUUAAACAGCCAAGGGAUCCCUUCCCUAACCCACCUCUCCCCCACACAAACAUGAGGACUCUAGGGAGGUGAGUAUACGCACACAACUGUUGACAAAUCCAUGGAGCUUGACUAAAGCUCAUCUUUUGUCAACCUGCUGCUUCUAGACAAGGAAAACUAAGCCACACUUUCCUUAUGUAUAACUUUCCAAAAGUUAUCCUUUUUUUUAUUUUUUUCAAUGUGUUUAUUAUGAGGUUAACAUACAUGCAUUACUUUUGAGUGUAACGUUUUUUUUUUUUUUUUAGAUUACAUUUUUUGGAGUAGCAGAGUUUGCAGUCUUGAAAUGUAUGCAUGAAACUAUUUAAAGGGGCACUUUAAGCACCAAAACAACUUCAACUUAUUGGACUGGUUUUGGUGUAUAGAUGCCCCUACAGUCUCACUUGUUAAGACAACUUUAGCUUAAUAAAACAAUUUUGUAUAUGGAUUAUGCAACUGCAGUUUUACUGCUUAAUUCUCUGCCAUAUAUGAGUUAAAUCACUUUUGUUAAGCAACCCUAGAAACUACUCCCCUGCAUGUGACCAACAGUCUACCUAUAUUGCACAUCAGUUUAAUUUAGAAUUUCUUAUAAUCUACGAGGUCUCCUUUGUGUGAUUUAAAGUUCAAUUAAAAGUGCAGGUGUUUAAAAACUUCUGAAGUAAACCAUGGAUGCUAUGUGAGGCACCGCCAGUGGAGGUGUGGCUAGGGUUGCAUAAACAAGUGAUUUUACUCCUAAAUGGCAGAUAAUUAAGCAGUAAAACUGCAGUUGCAUAAUCCAUAUACAAAAUUGUUUUAUUAAGCUAAAGUUGUCUUGGUGCCUAGAGUAUUCCUUUAAGGUUGUAUGUAAUAAAGUGAUUCAGAAAUACAUUAAAGGCUUGUUUGGUUGUUAGAAACUUUUUUGUUUUGAGUAUCGAAAAUACUGUUUUUAUUUUAAUUUUUCUCUGAAAUAGAUAACUACUGAAGCAUUUCACAAUGAAAUAUGCAAUGAGAGUGACAAAGAGAAAGUAAAGGUAAUUUGAGAACGAUCCCCCUCCUCUCCCUGCUUAACUGAGGCUGAUGCUUUAGGAAAUUGAAGGAAAUAGACCUGUAUUUGUCGAUUUGGUGUUAUGGUAUUUAUAAAGGUCAUAUUUACAGUACUUUAUUUCAGCUAGGCAAAUAUUGCCAUUUUAGGUCUUAAAUUUAAAAAUAUUCACGGAUUGCUUAUAAAGAGAGGAAUUAUUCAUUUCAUUGACUGCACAGGAACUAAAUCAUGAAUAUCUGAAGGCUAGUGCCAUGUCUUGGUCAGAUUUUGGAUGCAUAGUUGUCCAAGGUUUAGAAACCAUAUUAUUUACUUCUAUGUUGUAGUUUCCAUCUAACAAAUUCUUAGUGAGUCCUGAAAAGCUAACUAUCUGAAGUUACUGGUUGUGUUCAUGCCAGCUAAAGCAACUCUGAAACUCACUCUAUCAUUAGAGUGGCAUCAUAUGUCUGUGAAGAACAGGGCAGUGUUUUUUUUUUUUUUUUCUCAUUUAUUUUUAAGAUGGAUAGGUCACAAAGUAAGUUUUUGCAAACAUUGUAUGUGUUUUAGUAGUCCUUGACUUUUCUUCUUAAUAUUUUUAUAAAAAUGUAUUUGUAUUUGUUUUUUUUUCUACUUCUUCUUAGUCAUUCCUCAGCAAAUAUUUUAUCAGAAUGCAUUGCUUGUUCACAAGUUGACUACCUUGCAUUUUUGUGAGCCUAGAUUGGUGGAGUGUCUAAAACACAAUAAGCUAAAAUACAGGAUUUUAACUGUAAAACAUCUUAAAUCCAACUGAAUGUAUAAUGUGUGGAUUUGUAUUUGUAUUGGUUUAUUUUUGGUUUUUUGUGUGUGGUACUUAAUAUGUUCUUGUGAUUUUUCCCACCACCAAUAUUUAUGUAACAUAUUUGUCUUGACUCAAGAUGCUUAAUAUGAUUCUAAAGUUGUGCGUUAAAUGUUUUGCAUUAUGCAUAUCUUAUAAGCAGCCAGCUGUACUGUUGGGAGAUUUAUCUAACAUUUAUUCCAUACUUUACACACAUCAUGGCUGUUCUAUACGUUUCAUAGGGCAUUAUGGAAACUCCCAUUUUGUAUACACAUUAUCACUGGAUUAGCCGAAGCUCACAAGCAUUUUGUCCUAUAAAGGUUAUUUUGGAAAACUGGGUGUGUUGGGGAGAGAAGACUAACACUAUUUUUAAUGGAGCAGUAUUUUAUUUUAAGGUUUAUCAUGACUGGGUGUAGCUGUUGGUUUAAAAAUAGUCGGUUUUUUUUUUGUUUUUUUUUUCUCCACCUUUUAGAAAUGCUAGGUGUGUCUCUUACACUGACUGUGAUAAUUCUGUGUUAAAUAGCCAUAUAAGGCAGACAUGAAAUAUAAAUCUUAACCAAGAUUACUUGUGACUAGUUCCCUUGUUAAUGUUUUUUUAAAAUAGUAGUAUAAUUAAAGGAAAGCAAAAAAUAACAUAUAUAGAAUCAACUUUUCUAAUCGGUGUCCAUUACCUUAGGCAGUUAUUUUAAACCUUCAUUAACACUGUCCAGUUGCUUUUGCAUUAUUUGUAACAUUUUUAGUCCUUUUUUUGUUCUUUAGGAAUUUGUCUUUUUGUGUUGUAACCAAUUUUUUUUUUUUUUGUUUAUUAACCUGUUGCAGUCGGCUCUCUGUCUUCUGAAGAUCAUGACUUUGACCCUACAGCGGAAAUGUUGGUACAUGACUAUGAUGAUGAGAGAACUCUCGAAGAGGAAGAAAUGAAGGAGGAUGGAAAAAACUUUGCCACUGAAAUUGAAGAUUUGGAAAAGGUAAGUGAAAAUAUAUUCAUUACAUUUCAGACUGGAGUAAUCUAAGCAAAUGUUAAGAGCAGAAUCAUGCUGGAUCCAGAAUGCAAUUAAGUACAUCUAGUUUUACUUAUGAACAUGGUCUCUUUUAAAGACUCUAACAUCCCAAUAAUUAUUUGCACUCUUAUGUUUCAUAUAAAAAUGUGCCAUCUUAGCAUGUAUGUAUUUGUCUCUCCACAGGAAGGAAACAUGCCAUUAGAAGAUUUAUUAGCAAUUUAUGUCUAUGAACCUGCAGAUCCGGUAAUGGCAGGCUCUAGUGCUGGCAGUUCCCCAAGUGAACUUGCUGAUGAACUGCCAGACAUGACUCUGGAUAAAGUAAGUAUGAAUUUGAUUUGUGCUGUUUGUGGUUUGUGUUUUCUGGGGAGGUGAGGGGUGACCUAUGAUUAUCGUGACCUUUUUGUUGGAUUCAGAACCACUUUAACAGUGCUCUAAGGCACCACCACACGACUGUAAGAGCGUAAUAUUUUGAUUAACAAAUUGUGCAUAAUCCUCAGUAUAAUCACUUGUUAAAUGGAAGAUGUGUGCAAUUUGGAAAUUAUUAAAAAGGUGUGUUCAAGAACUAAUAAAAUAACUUAUUUGAUUUUCUGUUUCUAAGGAGGAAAUAGCAAAGGACCUUUUGUCAGGUGAUGAUGAAGAAACACAGUCUUCUGCUGAUGACUUAACUCCAUCAGUUACAUCGCAUGAAGCAACAGACUUCUUUCCACGUCCUUUAAGAUGUAAAUAUUCAAGUGUUUUUAUAUGUUCAAGAAAUGCUUGUUUUGCAUCACAGCUGACAGUCUUUUUUUUUUGUAGUGAGUAAAUACUAUAUAUUGGCCUCUACCUGAGAUUUCACUAAAUGUAGUGUUUUCUACUUUCACUAUAUGCAUCUGCUCUUACCGGUAAAUCCCAACAAUUCAUUUAUUUGCAUUGCUAGUAAGCUUAGCGCACUGGUAGUUGUUGUUGUUUUGAGCAGUGCCAUAGAUCUGUAGAAAAAGGAGCUCUAAGUGUCUAGUAGUUAGGUAUUGAAUGAUGGGGAAAGGGUAAACUGCACAGCACCGAUUGAACUCUUAACAGUCUAAGUGGACAAUAUUUAUAUGAUCGGUUUUCAUUGUUUUUUGUUGUUGUUGUGUUUUUUACACUUUUUUUUUUUUCUUUUUUUUUUUUCAGCAAACACUACUUGUGAUGGUGAUAAAGAAUCUGAAAGUGAGGAUUUGGAAACAGACCUUGGCAAUGCAUCAGAGGAUUUAAGAAAGGUAACUUUGAACAUUGAAGGUAUUUUGUAGCAGUGAAACUCUUUAAAACUAAUGGGAGUAUAUAACAUUUUGUGGAAAUAAAGCAUGUUGAAGCCAAUCAACAAGAUAGAAAUAGAGUAAAUGAUUAUUGUAUACAUGUAGUAGACAAAAUAAGGGAAACCACUAGAAAAAUAGUUUAAUUAAACCACAUGCAUACUUGCAAUGUUGAGCUAUAUCUUAAUUGUCAGAUUAGCAGUAGACAUUUGCUUUCAGUAAGCUCUGGUGUUUAGUGCUCCGUGUCCCUUUACCACAAACUUGUAGCUGUACAUCUUUCACACAGGCUCUUCAUAAACUAUAUUGCUGACUAGAAAGAUUGGAUUUAUUUGUUGCUUCCAAGAAAACACAUCUGUAUUAAGAAUCCUAAAAUUUUGGACCCAUCAAAAAGGAAAAUGUAGCUGAUGGCUUUUUAUUUUUUUUUAAACCCCUAUUUUCCACAUAUGUACAGUGUAGGCAACCAUCUUGUGGGUCAUGUAAUAUUUCUCAUGAAAGAAGUUACUAUCUUAUUGAACCAGUUUACUCUAUGGAAAAGGGGGGGGGGGACGACCACCUUCCCCUUUCUUCUUAUGAUGAUCCCAUAUUCCAAAAUCGUAGUUCCUUUGGUGUCUGUCCUCAGUAACUACAAGAAGUUCAAGGUCGAUUUCUACCUCCUUCAUCCUUUUAAGUAUCAUGGAGCUUCUUCAAUCUUAUUGUUUCCACUUCCAUACUAAAACUCAGGAAUUUUGUGGAUGAUAUACAUGCAUUAUUGUAAAUUAGUAUUAAUUUUCUUUUUAAGGAAAUAAUGCUUGGUCCACAGCAUCAAGCAGAAAUUCCACCUUAUGGAAAAUACACAACUGAUAUGACAGGUGAGUUCUAAAAAAAUAAAAUAAAAAAAUCUGUUUUUAGAUGACCUGAAGUCCAUUUUAAAAAUAUUUUCCUAUUGCAUUAAUACCUUGAUUUUUUUUUUUUAAAUCUGUCCUUAUUUUGGUAACAAUGGAUUUAGAAUGUCUGUCUGGCAGUGUUAGAGAUUUUCUGAUAAUUUGAUAAAGUAUGGCCUAAAAUUUACAGCAUACGAACAUGAGGAUCAAUUACUCUGGAGCCCUGAUGUGCUUCCUGAGAAGAAAGUGAAGGCAUUUCUAUAUGAGAUCUCAAGAGCUGCUAAUGAGAGGGUCAUGGACAGGAUUCCAGAUGGAGUGAUUAUAAGGGACAACGAGCAGGUAUGUUUUAUUUCUUAGUUAUUGCACAAACUGUAGUAGACAUCUGGUUUUCAGUGUCCUCAUUUUAUAACACCGUGGCCCAUAAAAUACAAUUUUUAUUUAAAAAAAAAAAAAAAAAAAAUUGACCAACUUUUUUUAUUGUUGGACGUAAAUGAAAAGCAUAAAUCUUUUAGGAAUAAUACUUGGAUAUAAUGUCACUUAUAAUAUAUUCAUUUAUUAAUCACAGACAUUGACUUGGAUUAAAUGAAAGUAUUUCAAUAAACCAUUUAAAAAAUAAAAUAAAAUGACCAGUCACUAACAUCUGAUCAGAGUGAGAGCAACACUGUGAGAGACAAAUGUGUGGUUGUGACUGAGAUUACUGGUGAAAACUAGGCAAGCAAAAAGACAAAUUGGGGGGAAAUAAUUGAGGUGGAGAAAAGAUGAUCUGCUGACAUAUGGAAGGUAUGACCAUAAUCCAACCUAUAUCAUAUUUCCGUUAAGACUGGGAAGGAAAGAAUCUGUAAAUAGCCUGUAUUUGUGCUUAUUAUUUUUUUAGACAUCUUAGAGAUGGCACACUAGUAAUUUAUUCACUAAGCGAGUGUAGUCAGUAAUUAAAUGUAAAUUUCAAAUUUAAGGCCAAAGUAGUUCGGGAAGGGAGAAUAUACCUGUCUAACGUUUCUUAUUUUAAAUUUUUUUUUCUCCUUUUCUUUUAUAAUUUCAGGCACUGCAUGAACUUUUCAAGUGUCAGUACAACACUAGGGAGGCAUUGGAAAAAUAUUGCUGCAGUAGGAGGACGUCACAUGGUAAAAAUGUUUUAUUGUAUAUUGUAACUAUAGCAAUGUGCACCUGAAUUAAUUCUCACUUAAGUAAAUAACCCAGAAUGUUUUUCAAAGUGAAUUUCAAAUAUACUGAAAAGCAUAGUGGGACUAUUUUGACCUUAAAUCCAUAGUCCCUAUAACCAUUUUAUCUCAUUGAAUUGUUUAGUGUCUAGCAGAUUAAAACUGAAUGAGCAUUCCUGGGCUUUCACAGCCAGGACCUGGCUGGAAGUUUGUUUACAGAAGAAAAGUCUGUCCUUGGCCUUAUCAAUUUAUACCAGCACUGGGCAGCUGUGAUAGGCUGAAAGCAGUCAGCCAGUGACCGCUGCCUAUUGCUGCUCAGAGUAAUGCUACCUUAAUGGUCCAAGCAGCACAGGUAGUUUAACACCUGUGGAAGGACAGCACCAGGAACUCCCAGACACUGUAACCAUUUCAAUGAGAUGACGCAGUUGGUGUCCUAACCCUGACAGCCAACCUUUAGAAGAGGGCACUCUGUCAGCUCAGUGCGCUGCAUUUGUUUCACUAAUAACUGAAGAGAUGGGCAGUAAAGCUGGGCAGUGGAAAGGAAGAGAUUUGUAUGACAAGCAAAAGCUUGGACAAACUCUGUAUCUUGCCUUUAGGCAAAUUCUUGCUCAGGUCUCAAAAUUGUUUUGUUCACGUGUGCCAUAGUGAACCUAUACCUUCUGCGUAUUAGAUUGAUUCCACCAAUAAGAAUCUGUCCACAUCCAAAAUACCAGUAACUAUUUUGAGACCUGAGGAGGGAUUUACUAAAGGGUGACCUAUUAAGUUUGUCUAAACUUUUUGUCUGUUCUCAGUUCUCAAAUUCUUUGUAUUUUGCUUCAAAUGUAUUCAAGACCAUUUUUCACAUAUGCAAGCAAUUUAGAAAUGUUUUCAAAUACCCUUCUUUUUUUAUAAAACAUUGGCAUCAAAGUUGCGGAAAGCCAAUUGAUAUCUCAAAACAUGCUUAUAUUGUUUUAUGAAAAUAUAAAUCAUGAAUAAUUUAUAAUCCUACUCUUUCUGCAUCUGAUAAGUGACCCCAAUUUCUUUAUUUUUAGAUAUAAUCUCACCGUGGACAGAGGAGGAAUGUAGAAAUUUUGAACAUGCACUUCUAAUACAUGGGAAGGACUUUCAUUUAAUACAAAAAAAUAAGGUAAAUGGGUUGGUUUUGUGUUUUAUUUUUUUAUUUUUUUCCCCCUCCCAUUGAAAUGAAUUUCAAACCUGCUCAAAUUAUUCCGGUGACCAGAAAACCCCUACUAAUCCAAAUAGACUUUACAAACCAGCUUAAAAAAUUAAUGUUAAAUCACAUACAAUUCGUUUUAAGAGGGACAGCUAGUCUUGUGGUAUGGAUAAUGGAGUUUAAGUGACUUAUUUCAAAAACUAAAGGAUGGCAUUAGGUUGAAUGAGUAUUUAAAAACAAAAAUAAAUUUGUAAUUUGGAAUGUAGCAUGAUGGUAACACCAUUGAUGUUUAUAUUAGCCAAAAAUAAGUUAUAUCUCUAGUAGCAAGAGUGCAUAUAAAUGUUUUGUAAAUGCUAAAAUCAGAAUUGAACAAAGGCAAAGUUUGCAUUACAAUAAAGAAUGCCUUUCUUGGAGAUCUUCCCUAGAUCAUUUUUGCACACCCGUUACAAGCCAGAAUUAAGGCUUUCUAUCUUGAACGCACUGACCAUGCUAGGAAAUUCGCCUUUGUAAUUUAUGCACAUCUCUAGAUUCCCAAUUUGGUUUUAUUCGCUUUUAGGUGAGAUCACGGACAGUUGCAGAAUGUGUAGCUUUCUAUUACAUGUGGAAAAAGUCAGAGCGGUAUGAUUAUUUUGCUCAGCAAACAAGAUUUGGAAAGAAAAGAUAUAAUCACCACCCAGAAGUAACGUAAGUGACAUGUCUGCUCUUUCUAAGUUUCCUCUCCUCAACUGUUGAUGACUACAUUUAGUGCUUAUCUAUACAAAUGGCAGACACCAACAGAAAUUUUCAUUUAUUUAUGUUAACUUUAGGGAUUAUAUGGACCGUAUGGUAGAUGAGGCGGAAGUACUUGGAGGAGCAGAAAAUUCAUCCACCUUAGCCUGUCAGAGUAGAGGCGAUCCCAUACCGGACUCACAGCUUAACAUCUUGAAUUCAAUCACUGCUAAUGACCUGACAGGUGAGCAUCUUUACCCGCCCUCUAAAUUCUUUUCUUGGAUUGCCUUGUUUCCCUCCGAUACUUGGACAUAGUUCCCCAAGUGUGUUUCCCUUGAUUUCAUGUGAGAAUAAGGGUUCUGUUUAACAGUGUAAUGUUAAGAGACAAUCUUAUAAUGUGUAGAUAAAAGAAAAUUGGUCUAAUUUGUAAAUCUUGCACUCAAUAAAUAAAAUGUAAGCAGUUAUUGUUCCUUUAAAAUGAAAGUGUCUGCUUCUAAGUCAUGGCAUAAAGGUAGAAAUUGCACCAUUGCUAAUCUAGUGGGGUAUGCAUGUUUGUGCAAUCUUAGUAUCUCAAUCCAAAAAUGCAGUGUGCACGGUUACAUCAUUGUUAUAUUCCACAAUGCCACGCAACAUUUUGUGAUCUAUAUAUAGGUGUGGGGUUUCACUAAACUGCAUAGUAAUCAACCUUUUAGGUACAUAUAUAUUGUUGCUGUGUAUUUUUUUUCUUGCUUUCCCAAAGGCUUAUUUUAAACCAAUUGUAGAUAUUGAUAUAAACAUUUCUAGAACUAAUUUCAAUUAAUAUGAAGUGUUCAAAUGAGUUUUUAAAUCCAUGUUUAGAAGUUAUACAUUCACCUUAUUGAUGGCUUCUUCCCUUUUCUUCGUUUCUAUUCCAGCUUUGACAAACAGCGUAAAUACAGUAUGUAACUCCACAGAUGUUACCUGCUUAAGUGAUGGAUUCCCAGUGUUGGACCCUUUGCCAAGGGGACCUGUAAAUCAUGUGCCUGUUGGGACAGAAGACUUGCUAACUUUACCCAGUAAUGGUGAAAGCGAUUGUUUUAAUUUAUUUGAGACUGGAUUUUAUCCUUCUGAACUGAACACAGUUAGCUUAUGCAAUGAGGAAGCAGAACGGCCUGCUAAGAGGAUAAAAAUGGGAAUCUCUGUUCCGGACUCCUUCAUCAGCGAUGUUUCUGUAAAUAACCUCAGUGCAGACUUUGAAAACCACACACACCACAUUACCAGUGCCAAAAUGGCUGUGUCCGUAGCAGACUUCAGCAGUUUAUCUGCAAACGAGACAAAUAGUUUUAUAAAUUCACACACACUACACCAUACAGCCCUUCAAUCGGAGUAAUCUCAACUACAUUCUCCUAAAAACAUUGGGUAUGCAGUUGGAGUAAAUCUGGUUUUAUAAACUUCGGGUUUGCUUAGUCUUUCACUGGAAGUUUGAAAUUUUUUUUUUUUCGAUAUGACAUCAGUGAUGUCUUUGUAUGUAAAGAACUAUAUCUUGAUUUUUGUCAAGAAUAACUUCAUUUCGGUCCAUAGAUGUGGAAAUAAGACUGUAUUCAGCAGAAUUGGGAGCUCAGAUAAAUAUCUGGGGAUGCAGCUUUAGACUUGACUUCUAUUUUUGUUAAAGUCUGUAGAUAUUGGGUCUCCAUCUCUUAAGCCAGCACAGGUUCUAAAUCGUAUAUUGGCUUCUUCUGGUCUAAGCUACCUUCGCAGCAGCGGAUGCAGUGGAAAAAAAAAAAAUCAAUGUUUACAGGUACCAAUCCGAUCCCUGCUUAAUGUAGCAUUUUUUUUUAACUUAUUAUACAUAUAAAUAUAU